AUUCCUCUUCCCCGUCCCGUCUCCCCUAGCGGGAAAGUGUGAAACAACGCAGCUCGAGUCCCAUCUAUCGGAUAAUUGCUGCUUCCAGCCAUUGCUGCUACUCUUCAUCUUGCUAGGUCUUCUUGAUUGAUUUGUACUUAGCUUUUCUCUCGUUUUCGAACCGAUGUGUUGCAAGGCCGGAUUGACUUAUUCAAUAUAAGUAUUGCAUCCUAAAUAUCUCGACCGUUCCCUCGGCUGCCAUGCUCGGUCCACCUUCGCUAUGGACAGCAAAUCUAUUGAUAUCGACGCUGCCCGCUGCAGUAAAUGCCUUCUAUCCAUACCACCCCGAGUAUGAACGUUCCAGCAAUGAAGCCCUGUCGCCAUCACAUAGCCCGCAUUCGCGACGACAAGGAGCAGCAUCUUCACAUAACCUUCCCUCUCCCGUCCUCCCUAUACGCCGCGUCCCCGUACCCAGAGACAACAUCUUCAAUAUCCUGAAGUCGGAAGACCCGAAGCAGGGGAACAGCGUAGCCAUCGACCAAGAUGGCACCGACGUGUCCUACAUGGUCGCCGUGACGUUUGGAGACAGCAAGAAAGAGUACCACCUCCUCCUCGAUUCAGCCGCAAGCAAUACCUGGGUCAUGGCAAGGGACUGUCCCACGGAAGCGUGUAAAUCACACAGCCUCUUUGGAAAGGAAGACUCGAGCUCCCUAAAAGUCCAGGCCACCCCCUUCCACGUCACCUAUGGCACCGGCAGCGUCUCCGGCGUCGUUGCCACAGACACCGUCUACGUCGGCCCGCUCUCCGCGCCCCUAACCCUUGGCCUCGCAAACAACGUGUCCCAAGAAUUCUCGUCAUACCCCAUGGACGGCAUCCUCGGAAUAGGCCGCGGGUCGAAGGCCGAAGGCUCCAUCGAUGCACCCUCGGUCGUGGAGAUUUUGAAGUCUUCCGCCCUCAUACCGAACACGAUCUACGGGGUACACUUGAACCGCGCUUCUGACGGUGCAAAGGACGGAGAGCUCAAUCUGGGUGGCCCAAACCCGGAGCGCUACGAUGGAGACCUGAAUUACCUUCCCCUUGUCCCCAAUCCCGAUGGCUUCUGGGAGAUACCCGUCUCCGCCGUCGGCGCCGGGGACACCGACUCCGAUAUCCGCGGCGACAGGACCGCCAUCAUCGACACGGGCACGUCAUUCAUAUACAUGCCCGGCCCAGAUGCAGACGCUGUUCACCGUCCCAUUGUCCGGUCUAGGAAGAGCGGGGAGACGUAUGCGGUUCCCUGUGACACGAAAACUCUGGUGUGGCUGCAGUUUGGAGGGCAGUAUUAUAACAUCUCCACUGUGGAUUAUAUCGGCAGAGAUGUCGGUGAUGGGUAUUGCCAGAGUCUGAUCGUGGGGCGGCAGACUUUCGGGGAGAAGCAGUGGCUUGUUGGGGACGUGUUUUUGAAGAAUGUAUAUACCGUGUUUGAUAACGAGGGGGGAAGGAUAGGGUUUGGGGUCAAGAGGACGCAUCAGGAGGGAGAUGGGGAUUCAUCGAAUGCGCCAAAACCUUCGUCCUCGGCGAAUCCGAACGCGUCCACGGGGUCGUUUGCGCCUUCGAACACGGCCGUUCCGGAGGGGAGUCCCUCAGCAGGUGCUCAAAGGGGACCAGCGGGAUCGCCGUCCCCUACCGGCGGAGCUGCGAAAACACCUGUUUCUUUGGGAAGCUUAACGGUGUCGUUCGUGAUUGGUUUGGUUGCGAUGCACCUAUAUUGAUUUAGGUAAUUGUAAGAUGUAGCAUAGCAUAACAUAGCAUAGCAUAGCAUGGCCUCUGUGUGCGGCUCUCCUC